GACACGAAACGGCAAAAAUGUUAAUCAAACACGUUACCUCUCAUACAAGCCCAAAACGUUAAAAUAAGGAAUUUGCGGUGAGCGUGGAUCGAACACGCGACCUUCAGAUCUUCAGUCUGACGCUCUCCCAACUGAGCUAUCCCCGCUUGUGAACACUUUUUUCAAUAAAUCCAAUAUAUCACUAGAACAAUUACUUUCAAGUUUGUGCUUAUCCACAACAAUCAUCAUUUUUAUAAGGUUUUUUAUCUUGACCAAAUAAUACCAGAUCUAUUAAUAGAACUGAACUGAAAUUUGAAGAAGAAAUUUCCAAAAUGGGAAGAACCUCUUGUUUCCAGGACGAGUAUACUUUCAAACAAAGACUUGAAGAAUCGCGUGAUAUCAUCGCCAAAUUCCCAGAUCGAAUCCCCGUGAUUGUGGAACGGUAUUCCAAAUGCGAUCUACCUGAAUUGGAGAAGAAAAAAUAUCUUGUUCCAAGAGACUUGUCUGUUGGGCAUUUCAUUCAUAUUUUGAGUUCCAGACUUAGUUUACCUGCUGGGAAAGCUCUUUUUGUGUUUGUCAGGAAUACUUUACCUCAAACUGCCAGUGUGAUGGACUCUGUUUAUAGAUCGUUCAGGCAUGAGGAUGGGUUUCUUUACAUGUAUUAUAGUACUGAGAAAACCUUUGGAUGCUGCUCAUAAUGUCAUCUGUUGGAUACUGCACAUAAUGUCAACUAUUAAACUCACUGUAAAUAUUCCUGUAUUGUAUUGUGUUCUUAUUUAUGUACCUUCCCAAUAACAUUGAACCAUUUGGGCUAUCUUUGAGAAUUCAUGACUGUUGAUGAUCUAUAUGAAACUCCUCUUUACUAGCCAGCCUUUUACUA